GAGGAGCCUUCCGUCGCCAUCGUCGUCGUUGCCAAUUGUGGAGGAGAUCAUGAGGCCAUUUUAAAAGAGAGAGACUUGACCGACCGCGCCAGUCCCGUCAAAGAAUCUCCCCAAUCUUGUGUGUGUUUGUGUGUGCACAAAGAAGGGAGUUCACCUAGGAGAUUGUGUGUGUACACAAGGAGCAACACGCCAUUCAUGAAAAAAGGCAAACAAGUUUCAGAGUGUUUGCAUUUUGGCGCGCUGUGUGUUUUGAUUUCUAAUCUUAGAUUCCCUUGCCACCUUCGUCCUCCUCCUCCUUCUGCUUGUUGUAAUAACCGGAAAAAAAAAGUUUUUAUUUUUUUCUAUUCUUCCUGGGAAAUGAGAAAACGGUCUCCCCGUUACACAAACGCUGCCCAGGGGCGUUGCUAUAGCCUCGAUCGAGCUGGAAGAAGAACGCACGCGUAGCCUCAACUUGUUGCUGCUGCUGGAGUUCGUGAGUCAGUGUAAGAGAUAGGGAGGAGCGUGAUGACAAUCCCAGGAAUGUCUGUAACCCCCCUCCUCGUUCUCCACUUGCGGCUACGUGGGGCGUUGAUCUACUGACAGAGGAGCGCCACCAACAGUUCAAGCACGAGGGCAACUUGUCUGAUGAUUAUGUUGACAUGUCCCGAAUUUUUUUUUUGUUUUUCAACGACUCUCGGGAAACAGAAAUGAAGGAGCGGAUCUUUUUGCCGGAGAGUAUCGGCAACCAGAGAUCAUCGAGUCCUUUUAGGACGCACUCGCAUAGAGAGAAAAACACGACCAAAAAAAGAGAAAAAAAAAAGCCAACCGAUAAGAAGACGAAGUAAAAAAGUGAACAAACAAAACCAGAAAAGCGGAAGAAUUCGCGCAAGUCUUUGGAAUGUCCUUUCUUGGGGUAGAAAAGAAGAGAGCGGCGGCGGCGGCUUCGUUGUGUGUGUCUCCAAAACACACAUUUCGUCAUCGUUAUGCACCUGACACUGGGACGAUAGCUAAAAAGGCAAUAGCCGUGUAUUUUAUUCGGUGAUAUUUGUUGUUAAGCCCGCAUGGGCUUUUGUACACGGUAGAGACAUUUUGGUGCUACGUGAAAGGCUGCAGGUCUUAAAGGAGAGAAAGACAACGGAGAAAACCACACAGUCGGGUGAAAACACUCCCUCCUACUUCCCCCCCCCCCCCAACCCAAGUCCAGUCCUCCUAGCUCACAUCGGCCAGGCCAAAGAGGAGGAGGGUUUCACCUUCUUUUCGGGAGAGGGGGGCUUUCACACACACACGUUCUUCUUCGCCUUUCUUUUUUUCCUUCUUUUCGUUUCGGAGACCCGUGUGUACCUGUUUUGUGGCGUUGCAAGUGGCAGGUUGGGCCUCACUCAGCAACCGUCCAUCCGAUCGUGCGCACACGCCGGCCGAGAGACCCUCCUCCAUCGUCUUCUUUUGAAAUUAAAAAAAGUCCCGUAUCUUUUUUUACUUCUCUUCGUUAACACUUUCCAUCGGUGCUUUGUUUGUUUGUUUGUUUUGCCUGUCGUGUGAAAUCAACACCUUGUGACGCUCACGUAGAAAGCGGAAGAAAGAAAAGACUCGGGACCAGAAAAAGAAGAAGACGAUCGAGUGAUAUUUGAUCAUUCGUACGACUCCAACACUACCAGCGUCCAAUACCUUGAUGUAUUGGGGUCUGUGUGCAAAGUAGAAGAAACUAUCAAGACAAAGUGUUGGUCAAUCAAGCGUUGUGUAAACGCUGUGCGUGUGGGUGUAGAUGUAAAAAUUCUAUCGAGUUGCAGAGUGUGGCCAAAAAGAUCGACCUUCCAGUCCAGCAGAACGGAAGGAAAUCAUUACCAGGCGACUGAACUGCGGACCAUUUCCCACGUGCGUGUUAUGAGUGUGUUGGCUGAUUGUCUGCUGACGCCAACAAGAGUCCGGCCCCCACCACUCGGCUGCUGCUGCUGCUGCUGCUGCUGCUGCUAUUACGCACACCGCACCGCACUGCAACUUUGAUUUUGUCUGUUACUACUACGCCAGCCCAGCCAGUGGUGUUUUCCGGUGUGGGCCCCCCUCCGGUCGUCUCUUCAUAGUGACGGACGUUCCGGAUAUUGAAAUGCAGCACGUCCAAUGGAUUGGUGGUGGCGGGAUCCGCACCACGGAUUUCGAAGACAUGGAUAUGGACCAACAGCAUCAGCAGUCUCACCAUCACGUCGGAUUUAGUCAAAGGCGGAAUGCUUCGCUGCAGCGCAGCCAGGAUUCGGGAGCCUUGACUGAUUGGUCCGGCGGAAGCCGUGGCAGUCCCACCCGGCAAUCUUUGCACAGCUUGGAAAGAGAUGACCGGCACAAAUACGUCACCGUCUUGACCGUCAACGGCGGACUCGAUUUACAAGACCCUCAAGUUCAGACGACGACGACGACAAAAGACGAUCCUGUCCAUCAUCGUCACUCGGACCUGGACGAUUUCGUCACCGUAUUGUCCGUCGGUGUCCAGCCAAAAAUUCUAGACGACGACAAUGAAGACGAGACGACUGCUGGCCCGUCGUCAAUCGGAGUCGGCAGCGUUUGCCUCAGCCUGUCCGGCUUUGUCGAAGAAGUGGCCUGCGUUACCAGACUACCCGGCCAGAAAUUAGGUUUCGGUCUGAAAUUCGACGGGGGCAACGAAUGCAGUCUGCCCAUUCAACGGCUCUUCAUUCAGAGCUGCGCCGAAGGCAGUCCAGCCUCCAAAGUCCAUUGUUCGUGGGGCCGGCUCGUCGAAGCGGACGAGAUCGUGGAGAUUGACGGAGUCAACAUCCGAAAUACGCUCAAUCGGCUCCAAGUGGUCGAGAUGCUCAAGGACAGCCAGCAGGACGUGCUGUCGUUGAAAAUCCGUCACUACUGGGACGACGGCAAACGGGCCGACAUCAUGGAGCAUCUGAAUAGCUUCUCUCAGCCUGCCGUCCAUCAUCCGCCGGCUGCUGUUAUCGAAGCCAAACCGCCCGUCACCAGGAAAGUCUCGGUCCGUCACCAACAACAACAGGAGCGGGCCGUUGACGUGCCGGAGGAGCUGCUGAUCCAGUCUGUCAUGCGUCUCGGCCAGCGGAAAGAUGGCGGCUGGACUAAAGGUCAUCAUCCGCUAAUUGACGAGCCGCCGCCGGUGCCUCCCAGACGCAAACGCCGCACCAAAUUGAUGCACAAGGCAGGAGGAGGAGGAGGAGGAUCGACAACGGGAUCAAUCAGCAAGACAGUCAUCUGCCGAUCGCUGUCUUCCGACGAGGUGCUCAUCAACGGUAAUCGUGUGGCCGCUUCCGGCGCCGUGACCAUCGUCAGCACUCCCAGCAAACCGCCCCGCAAUAAUCGGCCGCAACAUUCGCGGAGUUUCAACGCCGCCCACCACCACAACCACAAGGACGUCGAUCCUCAUCUGAAAAUGAUGCGCGAGGAAGGCCAAAUGGCUCAAGCCCCGGCGACGUUGCCCAGGACCAAGUUGGGGGAGUUGACUGGCGGCCAACAGCCGGAGCCCAAAGAGCGCCAGCGUCGCUCCAUUUUAACGGUCAACGCCGACGACUGGGGCAUUCCGCAGCCGGCGGAGGUUUACACCAAUUUGAUCGCCGAGGAAGACAAGCGGAUGAUGAUGAUGUCGUCCAUCGAAGCUUCGUCCAACUCGUCGGCCACCGAAUCGGAAAGUGAAUCCAAUUCGAGCGUGUCGACCGUUGUCGACAAUUGGUCCGUCCUCAGCUCAUCGUCCGGCGGCGAUCCGUUCGGCGAUUUCGGCGAGCACGAAGAAUUUCGCGAAUUCUAUCAUCAUCAUCAUCAUCAACCGUCGGCAGAUGUGAAUCUGUCGAGUGGCAAUCAUCAAUUGCCGAUGGUCGGCGAUCAACAGUUGCUGGUGCUGCCGGACGUCGUCACUCCGGAAUCGACGCUGUCCGUCCUGAUUGAGCCGCCCGAAACGUUUUUGGAUCCGGGACCGACGAGCAUCUCUCCGACUUUGUCCAGCGAAGACAACCACCUGCACCUGCUUCACCAGCAGGACGCCUCUUCCGAUUCGGGCGCCUCUUCCGGCGGCAGUGAACUUCACCUGGGCGAAUCAGACGAAGAGUUGCGCGCUUUCCAGCAGAUGGAGAGCGCCCUGGAAAUGGAGAAACUGGAACGCGACCGCCACGCCAUCUCUGGGCCGACGGCGGUGGAAUUCCACAACAACAUCAAGAACAGCAACAGCAACAACAAUCUCCAAGUCAGUGGCGUCAUCGAGCGUUCGGACGAUCGCACUCAACAACAACAACAGCAGCCGGACACGAGCGCCAUCUGUGUUCCAGAUACUCAGUGCCAGCAACAACAACAACAAGAACAACAACCACCAUCAGCAACAGCAGGAGCAGCCGAAGACGAGCCAGCAGUGGAAUGCCAACCGGAGGAGCCAGUCAAGAGGAGCAUCAGGAAAGUGGAGAGCGGACUGCCCGUCAAGAAACCGGCGGAAGGCAAAGUUGAGCAGCCCAGCAAGAAUGGUAAUUCCAAAGGAUCGAGAUCGAAUAUCAAUCGGACUCCGCUUCGAUCGAAAAUUCCGCAAGCCGUGACAACGCCACCAGCGCCAAGUCGCCUGUCGAGCGGGCCGGCAGCUCUGCGAAGCGCCCGGCCGUUGGCCAACAACAAUAAAGCCUCGACAACAACAGCAACAACAACGCCAUCCAACAUUGUAGCGCCAAAAGUGGUGAGCAGCAAGACCAGUGGCAACGUCACAGCGACACCACUCCGCCAACAUAAUAGCCAGGCCAUCAGUAGCCGGAUGUUGUUGGCCAGCCGAACAACGCCCAGUGUUAGCCAUCAGAGACUGGCGUCCGCCACCACCACGGCCACCUCCCCCAGCACUUCGACGAAUCUGCUCAAGAGCGUGAAACCGGGAUUACCGGUAGUGACAGCUCAGCCGCCAGCCACUUGUUCCAUUCAAGGCAGCCGAAUCCCACGGCCUAACAGCAGCAGCAGCAGCCUCAUCUCUUCCGGUGGCCAGCCUCCAAAAAGCAGCCCGUCAGCUGCAUCGGCACGACUUGUCACCCACGCCACCAGCUCAUCGCCGGGGCUCUCGGCUGCUCAUCGUCAUCCAUCGUCUCCUUCGCUAUUAUUACAGGGCAACAACAGGACAACAACAGCAACAACAGCCGGGGUCAAAUCUUCUUCUUCUCUGCACAAGUCGACAAGUCGUCUCCACCUCACGCACAAAGGUGAGUCUUCCCUCAUCAGGUCUGACCUGGUUUCAGCCCACUGAAGAAAAGAAUAGGACGUUCCCAUCCCACAUGGUAGCUCUCGUUCCCCCAUCGCAAACAAACGCAAAGUUGUUGUCGUGUUCCAGUUCGCUCCAUUCCAGCCCCUCCGUUCUUUUCAGAUGAAUUUGUUUGAUGCAACAAUGGAACCAAUCAAACCCAAUCGCCUCUAGAUCCUUCUUCCCAUUUUACCCAUUACGCAUCCAUUAUUUUUCUUUACCUGUAGUACUUGAUUGUACGCGAUCGUGUAAUAACUAAAUGGCUUUUUUUUUAUUAUCUCAAAAACAAGUUUAAAUAAAAAUUACUUAUACUUAUAUAUAAAUAUCCAACUGGUUGGGUUUUUUUUUCGAGUUGAAUAUUCAAUUUUUGAAUUUUAUUUUAUUUUAUUUUCGCGAAUUCCAUUGUCGCUGUGUAUUUGUGCGUGAAUGGACAUUUCAUUAUUCGAUUCUUGUGAUUUUUAUUGUGUGUCACGGACGUCGUCGUCGUUUCGCUUUUGACGUCAUUCUCUCGGUUUUUUCGCAGUCUUUUGUUUUGCCACUUUUUUUUUUUUUUUUUUUUUUUUCAAAUUUUUUCUUUUCUCUAUCGACGAGCCCUGGCCAUUAUGUAAAAAAGGGAUGACAUUCCCGGCCCCAGAAAUUGUCUUGCGUGUUGUUGCCCUCUUUACGGACGACGACGACGUCCUUCACGCUUCCAUCUUCUUCUUCUUCUUCGUUUUGUUCACUUUUUCUUUUCAAGAUUCUUCCAGCUCGGAGAGUCGUUAAACCAUCGCCUGACGGAUUUCCCCCUUCCCAUCUGCUUGGCUUCCAUCUUCUUCCAUUUUAAUGGCAGCGCCUAUUUGACACACAGAGACAAACAGAGCAAUAACACUCUUCUUCUUCUUCUUCUUCUUCUUCUUUUUGGACGUCGUCGUUUUUCUUUUUCUUCUAUUUCCCUUGGCAUUUCUGGCGUCUAAACGUUUCGUUUGUUGGUUUUUUCGAUACACAUUUUAUGUUCAUUCA